AGCCAUCACUGGUGCAGGCUAUAUUUAACGGAGAUCCUGAUGAAGUUCGAGCACUAAUAUUUAAGAAAGAAGAUGUUAACUUUCAGGACAAUGAAAAGAGAACUCCACUGCACGCUGCUGCCUAUCUUGGAGAUGCAGAAAUCAUUGAACUGCUUAUUUUAUCUGGAAGCAGUACAGGUACUGUUGAAGCAUUCUGCUGAUGUUAAUGCUCGAGACAAAAAUUGGCAAACCCCUCUACACAUAGCUGCUGCUAAUAAAGCUGUAAAGUGUGCUGAAGCUUUGGUCCCUCUUCUGAGUAAUGUGAACGUGUCUGAUCGAGCAGGGAGGACUGCCUUACACCAUGCAGCUUUCAGUGGACAUGGUGAGAUGGUCAAACUGCUCUUGUCUAGAGGUGCCAAUAUUAAUGCUUUUGACAAGAAGGAUAGACGUGCGAUCCAUUGGGCUGCAUAUAUGGGUCACACUGAAGUAGUGAAACUACUUGUGGCACACGGAGCUGAAGUGACAUGCAAGGAUAAGAAGGCUUAUACACCUCUUCAUGCAGCAGCUUCUAGUGGAAUGAUCAGUGUAGUCAAGUACCUUCUAGAUCUUGGAGUUGAUAUGAAUGAACCAAAUGCCUAUGGAAACACACCUCUUCAUGUAGCCUGUUAUAAUGGACAAGAUGUUGUAGUGAAUGAACUUAUAGACUCUGGUGCUAAUGUAAAUCAGAAGAAUGAAAAAGGAUUUACUCCUUUGCAUUUUGCUGCUGCAUCAACACACGGAGCUUUGUGUUUAGAACUUCUAGUUGGCAAUGGGGCUGAUGUGAAUAUGAAGAGCAAAGAUGGGAAAACCCCACUGCACAUGACUGCCCUCCACGGUAGAUUCUCCAGAUCACAAACCAUUAUCCAGAGUGGAGCUGUAAUUGACUGUGAAGACAAGAAUGGAAACACCCCUCUGCACAUAGCAGCGCAGUACGGCCAUGAGCUGCUCAUCAACACUCUCAUCACAAGUGGUGCCGACACUGCAAAGCGUGGUAUACAUGGAAUGUUCCCCCUUCAUCUGGCAGCCUUGAGUGGUUUUUCUGAUUGCUGCAGGAAGCUUCUUUCUUCUGGAUUUGAUAUAGAUACUCCAGAUGAUUUUGGCAGGACUUGUCUACAUGCAGCUGCAGCUGGAGGGAAUUUGGAGUGCCUAAACCUUCUUCUGAAUACUGGUGCAGAUUUCAACAAAAAGGACAAAUUUGGGAGAUCUCCACUGCAUUAUGCUGCUGCCAACUGCAAUUACCAGUGCCUGUUCGCUCUUGUGGGAUCAGGAGCAAGUGUGAAUGACCUUGAUGAAAGAGGCUGCACACCCCUGCACUAUGCAGCUACUUCAGACACAGAUGGCAAGUGCCUGGAAUACUUACUAAGAAAUGAUGCAAAUCCAGGGAUUCGGGACAAGCAAGGCUACAAUGCAGUUCACUAUUCAGCUGCUUAUGGCCACCGUCUAUGUCUCCAGCUGAUUGCAAGUGAGACUCCUUUAGAUGUUUUAAUGGAAACCUCAGGAACAGACAUGCUGAGUGAUUCAGAUAAUAGAGCGACAAUAAGCCCUUUACACUUGGCUGCCUAUCACGGUCACCAUCAAGCACUGGAAGUGUUGGUACAGUCUUUGUUAGAUCUGGAUGUGAGAAACAGCAGUGGAAGAACACCCUUAGAUCUUGCAGCAUUUAAGGGCCAUGUUGAGUGUGUGGAUGUACUCAUUAAUCAGGGAGCCUCCAUCUUAGUAAAAGAUUACAUUUUGAAGAGAACCCCUAUUCACGCCGCAGCAACAAAUGGUCAUUCAGAGUGUUUACGGCUACUAGUAGGAAAUGCAGAACCACAGAAUGCAGUAGAUAUUCAAGAUGGAAAUGGACAGACGCCUCUUAUGCUCUCUGUUCUCAACGGGCACACAGACUGUGUCUACUCACUACUGAAUAAAGGAGCAAAUGUAGAUGCCAAAGAUAAAUGGGGAAGGACAGCACUGCACAGAGGGGCAGUUACAGGCCAUGAGGAAUGUGUAGACGCAUUACUUCAACAUGGUGCUAAGUGCUUAUUUCGGGAUAGCAGGGGCCGGACACCUAUACACUUGUCAGCUGCCUGUGGACACAUUGGUGUUCUUGGAGCCCUUUUGCAGUCAGCAGCAUCUAUGGAUGCAAAUCCAGCUAUAGUCGACAAUCAUGGAUAUACAGCACUCCACUGGGCUUGCUACAAUGGUCACGAGACGUGUGUAGAACUUCUUUUAGAACAGGAGGUUUUCCAGAAAAUGGAAGGAAAUGCAUUUAGUCCUUUGCACUGUGCUGUGAUAAACGACAACGAAGGUGCCGCUGAGAUGUUAAUUGACACGUUAGGUGCCAGCAUCGUGAACAGCACAGAUUCAAAGGGAAGAACCCCUCUCCAUGCCGCCGCCUUCACAGACCAUGUGGAGUGUUUACAGCUACUGCUCAGUCAUAACGCCCAAGUCAAUUCUGUGGACUCUUCCGGGAAAACUCCUCUCAUGAUGGCUGCAGAAAAUGGACAAACAAAUACAGUUGAGAUGCUGGUUAGCAGUGCUAGUGCAGAUCUGACUUUACAAGAUAACAAUAAAAACACUGCCCUCCAUCUGGCGUGUGGCAAGGGUCAUGAAACUAGUGCCUUGUUAAUACUGGAAAAGAUAACAGAUAGAAACCUCAUCAAUGCAACCAAUGCAGCCUUGCAAACACCUCUGCAUGUUGCUGCCCGAAACGGGCUAACAAUGGUGGUUCAGGAGCUUUUGGGCAAAGGAGCAAGCGUGCUUGCCGUGGAUGAGAACGGCUAUACCCCAGCUUUGGCCUGUGCACCCAAUAAGGACGUGGCAGACUGCCUAGCUCUCAUUUUGGCCACCAUGAUGCCUGUCUCGUCAAGUAGCCCUUUAUCGUCCCUGACAUUCAAUGCCAUUAACCGUUACACGAACACCUCAAAAACAGUCAGCUUUGAAGCCUUGCCGAUCAUGAGGAACGAGCCUAGUUCCUACUGCAGUUUCAACAACAUUGGCGGGGAGCAGGAUUACCUGUACACCGAUGUGGACGAGCUCAAUGACUCCGACUCCGAGACCUACUGAAGAGGCUGAGCCCAGAGGCCUGUGAAGGGCAUGCUGACACAGAUGCUUCAAACCGUGCUUUUUCAGGAAAAAGGCACUUUCUUAGUGACGUACAAAUUUCAGCCUCAGAUGAAAGAUCACGAGAGUGAAUCUAAAAGUGAUGACAUUAAGAAGCAUUUUAAAGGCAAGUUUUGCAAAAGGAACUUCUAGAAUCUUGAAACCUAGAAUCUUGAAGUAGACUUGACCAGAGGAACACACUUUGAUGUCAGUUGCUUUGUAGAAGUUUUGAUUUUGCAGUGCCAGGAAUGACUUGGACACUGAGCCCCAAUCUGCUUACACAGGCAGCGCUGCUGUAAAGAGAUGAGGACACUAGAUUGGAAUUUUAUCAAUAGAACUCCAACUAAAUUUAAGGGCAAUAAGAGUUUGGUACAGUAGGCAUUAUGUGCACAGCAAAUUGCCAAAGGACCAAAUGACUUGAGAGGUUUUUAUCGAAUGCCAUUUUGUGGGAACCGGAGUAGGUGAAGUAAGACAUUAUCGAAACCAAACUGAACUAUUUCUGACAAUGAAGCUGAGAUUUGGUUUUAAAUGAUUUUUUUUUAAAAGAAAACCAUCUGAAAGCCUUCUAAUACUGUAUUAAAAACCAUGACAGAAAGCAGAUGUAUUUUUACAUUUUUUUCUUUUACAUAAAAAUUUAAAAAUUCCAACUUUUAUAAUAUUAGAAUCAAAGACCAGUUGAUGGGUGCAGUUGGGGUGAAAAUACUUGUGGUGUAGACAUGAGCUAGGUUGGGCUACUGUUGCCCAGUUUGAAUGGGUUAGGUUUAAAUUAAACUAUUUUUAUUCAAAAUUGUAAAAAAAUUUCCUAGAAGAAAACUUAAUGAAAUUAAAAAAAGAAAAAAAGUAGGCUAUUUUCACCCUGUUGCAGCUGACUGGCCCUGGGGAAUGGCAUUUCCAGCGUCACCACUUUGGGAGGCAAACCUUCGGCCCGUAGGUUACGUCUGUGCCUCCACCAUGGAUUGGGGGGUUUUGUCAUUUUUCAGCAAAAAUAUCAAAAAGAAAAACUCCCUUGUUAAUUCUAAGUUAACAUCACCAGGUCUCUUAGAAGGCAUGUCUGUAUUGGGCAAGAUCUCCUAUGCUGAGCUGUUAGGUCCUGUUGACAUUUAAGGAGCAGAUAUUUACCAUUUUACUACUUGAAGAGAGAAACCAUUGCCUGUGGGACGGGAGGGUUGCCUUUCAGAUGACAGAAAAGGCCGCUGGUUAGUUUUUUUUAAAAUAGCGAUAUGGUUCUGCUUUUACUAUAACUGUCACUCUCUCAGUGAGAAUGAUUUUACUUAUGUAGGGGAGUCUACAGAUCUGGGUCAAGUUCCAUAAAUUUUCACUAAAUACCCAAUUUCAUUUUAUCCUUUUUUGUAUUGUGAAACUGGAAACUUUAUGACAUUGUAAAUUAUCAGCUGGUUUUUCUGAAUAUAAAGUGUGAAAACACAGAACAGUAUUUUGAUCUAUUUGAUAAUUUUGUGGGGUUUUUUUGACAAAUUAAUGAGCAUGUACAUAGAAAUAGUGACUGCUUGAAACUGUAUUUACUUGCACUCUUUCAGUACAUCAAGAUUCCUGUAUAUUUUAGAGUAUAAUAAAACACAGAUGUGAGUUGUAUUUAAUGAAUAAUGUAUUUGUAUCUGUGCAUAUCACCUAAAAUAAUCUAUAAAGUUUCUAGGGCAUUGACUACUAGAUUUCCAGCAUUUUUUUCUAAAAUAUUUACAGAAAUUAACAAAUGUUAACACUCCAUCUCUUCUUUAUGAUAUAAAGAAGUCAUAAUGCCCUUCCUAACUGGUAGGAGGAGGAAGGGAAUAUGCAUUUUACAGACAGCGGACUACGUUUUCUAUUGUACCUUUUGAAAAAAACUCAAAAGAGGAUCUAAAAGUAUACAUAUGUGUGCUUUCUCUUUCCUUUUAGGAAUUCUCUUCUGAAUUCCCUGAGGGAAUUUUCUAGAAUCUCAGAAUGAAAGAGACCUGAGGUUCAUCCAGUCUAACCUUAAAAAUGCAGGAGUCCCUUCUACAAGGGUGACCUUUCCACCUUGAACACUUCCAGUGACUCUACCUCACCAAGCAGUCCAUUCAGUUGUUGAGCAGCUCUGUUAGAAAGGUCUUCCUUAGCUGGAGCGGAAGCCUCCUUCUCGAUAACUUCUGUCCUUGGGCCGGUUCUGUCCUCCAAAAGAACACAGAGAACGUUGGAAGGAUGACCCUCGCGCCCUGUCAUGUCUUCUCUUUACAGGCUGUUUGACUCAUCUGCUGAAAUGAUUUCUAGAAGGACUCAUUUAGACACAGACCUGCCACAUCUGAUGAAACCCAAGGUGUAACUAUAAAGCAACAGACUUUUUAAUUUAUCCCAAUAUAUAUCAGAAAUUACAUAUUAUCACUUUAUGCAGAUGAUGCUAUUACGGAAAAAUGUAUGAGGUGGUGUUUUCCCUGAUUGCUUGUCCUGCAGGAAAACUUUAAUUGCUUUGCGAUACCCCCACUUUGAUCAAACAUGUUAGGUCUGCACCUAACGAGGCAAAUUCCAAACUAGUAUUUGAACAGCGCUAGUAUUGCCGGAGUGAGUACCUAGAGCAAACAUAGCAGCAUCACACUAAGUUCCUCUAUAGUUACACCUUGUAUGUCAGAAGCAUCCGGGCCCUGCUCUGUAGUGUUUUUUAAUUCUCACAGAAUAGAAAGUCUGUUUGCUUUUUUUACGUCUGCAUGAAAGAUGACACCUGCAAUAUCUGAUGUGUAUUAUAAUACCAGCUUCUGCUCAAGAACUACAUUGGGAGAAAUGGUGGUGAUAGCAAAUGACCUUUAGCAAAACGAGACACUCAACUCCAACCGUGCCAUUUAGUUAAGGAGAUCUCUAAGUAUAGCUGUUAAUUUGGGGUAUAAUUUGGCUUAUAUUGGACCUUUUAAAUGAAAUAAAGUUUUUUAA